AUGUCUGGAAUACCAGGAACGUCAAAACCAGAAUUAAAACAGACUGGUCUUGAUGGAUUACUUGGUAAUUCGUAUCAAGCGUUACUGGCAAUGAAUGUGUUUGUCGAAGCGGUAAUAAGGCCAAUAAAACUGUUAGAGUUGGAACGAGAAGUGGAAGGAGUGGGAGCGUUUGAUGAUGUUGUGUACCAUCAGGGGGAUGCAAAAUACAUUUUAUUGCAAGCAAAGCACAAAACAAGUCAAUAUAACACCGCUAUACAAGGUAGCAAUUUGAUUGCUGACUUUAGCGAUGAUUACAGUUUAUUGAAAUAUAUUUGGUCGUAUAGUGAGGCUGAAGAAACUUUUAGGAAGAAAAACGGAAGUGUUCAGCAAUCUUUCGUUUUUACAAACAUUCCAUUAAAUGCAUCGACCGAGACAGGGUUGGUCACCGUACGGAAAAAACAACCGAAUAAUAAAAUGAGAAUAAGUUCAAUUAAAGUGAACAAAAUCGAUUUGGAUGCAAACGACAUUUUUUAUCUGCAGAAGGAAGAUGAACCGAAAGUGGAAUUCUAUCAAUUUGAAUUUGAGGACGCAUUGUUGGAAUUGAUUCGGACAUUUAAGCCGAUCGACAAGGAUAAAGAUAAAUUGGAACGAAUUCGAAAUGAUAAAGUUUGUAUUUCAAAUGCCUUAUCGAAUAUCGUUUAUGCCGUUAAGCAAUGUGACGAAAAUACAUUGACUGAAAUAAUUAAAGAAAAGAUUAGGCAAAAUUUCAAAGUUAUUUCACCAGACACCGUGUUUAACAAAUUAAAACUAGCACUACUCAACUGGAUGACAAGAAAGCCCGCCGAAUUUCCGUUGAUAAUCACCUAUGAUAUUGCACAAAGGGAUGCUCAACAGGAAGAAAUCGUUUUGGAAGAACUUCUAAAAUUGAUUUUCAAUAAAACAUUGACCGAUAAAGUUCACAUGCUUUCAGUUUGGUGGGCAGCUUUCAAGCAUAAACGUUUAUUAGAAAAAUGGGCUUUAGAUCAAGAUUGUAUUGGACGAAGUGCAAUUCACUAUGCUGCUUUCCUGGGAAGCACAGAUGCUCUAACACACUUACUCACCAUCGAUGAAGUUGACGUUGAUAAGAGGACCUUAAAAAAUAUAACACCUUUGCACCUAGCAUCGCUCAAUGGUCAUCCAGAUGUUGCAAAGCUGUUAAUUCAAUAUGGUGCAGAUGUAAACGCGACAGAAAAUAACGGGUACAAUGCUUUGCAUCUUGCAGCUCAAACUGGAUAUUCUGAAAUAGUGAAAUUGCUGGUUGACAAAGUUGCCUCGAUUGAUGCACAAACAACUGAAGAAUGGUUUACACCAUUGCUUUUAGCAGCUUCUAACGGUUAUUUAGAAAUCGUUAAAUUCUUAGUAAACGAUGGUGGCGCUGAUUUAAAAGUUAGGUCGAAAAGAGGCUUUACUCCCUUGAAAGUGGCAUCAUCCAAUGGGCAUUUGAACGUAGUUGAAUUUUUAGUAGACACAGACAACCAUUCAAUCAACGAAACUGCAACUGAAAGUUUCAAUGCUGUACACGUAGCUGCUCAAAAUAAUCAUUCAAAAGUAGUUAAUUAUUUAAUCGACAAUUAUUUAGACGACAUCGAUGAAAGAGAUGAGCACGGCUACACAUCUCUACACAUAGCUGCUAUAAAUGACUGUUAUGAAGUCGUUGAAUUAUUACUGGUUAACAACGCAGACGUUAAUGCUCAAAAUAAUGAUAAAUUUACACCAUUGCAUCUAGCAGCUAAAAAUGGGAACGAUAAAGUGGCAACACUAUUGAUAAAUCAGGGAGCGGAUCCUAAUGCAAAAGGAAGUAAUAACAUUUCUCCGUUAAUGAUCGCAGUAUUCAAAAAACACACAUCAAUGGUAGAGAUUCUAAUCAAAGAAGGUGCCGAAAUUGAUGUUUCAGAUUCAGACGGAUUUAAUGAAGUCAAUAACGAAUUGAAUGAUCAAACAAGUUCCAGUGAUGACGAAAAUGAAGGUGUUAACGAUACAGAUGAUGCCGAAGCUAAAAACGAAGAGGAUGAUGAACGGGAUAAUGGGGAGGAUGAAAAUAAUGACGUUAACGUAACAGAUAAUGAUAUCCAUAAUUCGGAAUCUAGUGACGACUAUGACGAUUUAGCGGCACAAAACCCAUUACAUUUGGCAGUUUUUACUGGCCACAUAGAUAUAUUCAAAUAUUUGUUUGAAAACAGCAAAAACACCGACAUAAAAGCUCAUAAAAACUAUUCCUUAUUACAUCUAGCAACACAGGACAACCACAUUGCAAUAGUAGAAUUUUUAGUUGAAAAAAAAAUUGACGUCAAUGUGAAAGCUGAUGAAGGUGUUACACCGUUAUAUAUUGCAGCUGAAAACGGAUUUACGACAAUCGUCAAAAUUUUAGUUGAAAAUGGAGCUGAUAAGAAUGCCAAUGACGAUGAGGGUUACACUCCAAUUUUUUUAGCCGCUCAACAUGAUCACUACGAUAUUGUUUCAUUGUUAUUGGACGAUACCAAUGUCAAUGUUACUACGACGGAUAAUAGCACUCCGUUGCACAUGGCAGCACAAAAUGCACAAAAUGGAAAUUCGGACAUUGCCAAAUUCUUAAUAAACAACAACGUCAACUAUAACGAACCACAGCGUGAAAACGUUAGACCUUUACAUGCCGCUGCGUCAAAAGGUCAUCUGAAGGUUGUUAAACAAAUUUUAUUCAAAAAAGAAGUAGAUGUAAAUAUGAAAUCAUCGAAAGGCAUCACUCCAUUACAUUUAGCAAGUAGAGGAGGUCAUUUAAAAGUAGUAAAAUAUUUAUUAAGAAACAAAGCUGACAUAAAUGCAAGAACGCUCGAAGAUCAAAAACCUUUAGAUUUCGUCGAUAAAGACAAACAUCCAAAUACUGCAGAAUAUCUUAUUAAGUAUGAACAUCAACACAGUUCAGAAUCAGAAAAACCGAGUACGUCUAAAUAA